ACACACACACAUAUUGUCACUCGCUCACUGUCUGUCAGUGUCUGCUGUACACACACACACGUACAGUAUUACAGUGGAAUCCGCCUUGCUUUCAUAUAGGCGCUCUGCUAUUGGAGGCAGGGAGGAGAGCCAGCAGCAGCAGCAGCAGCAGCAGCCCGGAGCGCGGGGAUACUCCACAUCUCCACAUCUGCUUCGGAUGCUCCAGAUGAGUGUACUUGCUGCAGCGGCACAGAAGUCAGACAGCAGCAGCAGCAACGGUGACAUGCAGUCGGCCGCAGUGGCUCCCUCCUUCAUCCCCAGCCAGCCGGGGAAGAUACCGGGCAGGAAGAGGGGCAGGCCCCCUCUCCGCAGCGUGGCCAAGAUGGAUUUCCCCAACCGGUACCCCGAGUCGCUGCCGCCGCUCAAAGUGCCGAAGAAGAGGGGGAGAAAGCCGGGCUUCAAGCUCAAACCGCGGAUGGUGAUGACCCCUCUGGCUAUUUCUCCACCCAGCAGCACGCCCGAGCCUGAUAUGAGCUCCAUCCCUCAGGACGCCGCCACCAUCCCCCAUUCUGCCACAGCCCAGGUGCUAACAGUUUGCAUCUACAUCAACAAGCAGGCCAACACGGGCCCCAACCUGGAUAGGAAGAAGAUCCAGCAGCUUCCCGAUCACUUCGGACCCGACCGGCCGUCCGUAGUGCUGCAGCAGGCCGUCCAGGGCUGCAUCGACAGCGCCUUCCAGCAAAAAACCGUGUUCACUCUCCUCACGCAAGGCUACGGAGGAGAAAAAAUAUCAGGUGCUGUACCAAGACCUCGACCAGCCACAUUUGAUGGGAAGCAGCAUCUUUUGAGCCUCCCUGUGGUGAACAGCAUCGACUAUGUGCUUCGUUUCCUCAAGAAGCUCUGUCGCAGCCUGCACUGUGAAAACCUCUUCAGCGAUCAGCCCAUUAGCCAGCGCAGCGGUGGAUCCUAUCACUCAGACGCUGAGACGUCUGUGGCCGACGACUAUCAUGGAGACCAGUCAGAAGGCAAGCGCUACUCCAUCGACCACGGCGAUUCCGCCUUCGGCUCCAUCAGCUCGUCCUACUCCUCCAAGUCCUCCUACGGGUUUCGCUCUUCGCAGCAGUUCUCCGGCAGCUUGGGCUCCGUGAGCAUGUGCAGGCAGCCGGCCUCCAGCCCCAACAUGUUCCCGGACGGCAACAGGACGGGAGGAUAUAAUGUGUCUCCAGAAUCCCAGGAAUCCAAAGCUCCGGCCAAUAAGGACCCGACCACGUGGUCUGUGGAGGACGUGGUUUGGUUCAUCAGAGAUGCAGAUCCCCAGGCUCUGGGCCCACAUGCAGACAUCUUCAGGAAGCACGAGAUUGACGGAAACGCCUUGCUGCUCCUAAAGAGCGACAUGAUCAUGAAGUACCUCGGACUGAAGCUCGGGCCGGCCUUGAAGCUGUGCUACCACAUCGACAAACUAAAGCAGACCAAGUUCUGAAAACUGUGCCAAACCCGGUGUCCGGUAGAACAUUCUAGAGGGGUUCGGUUCUCUGGGCAGCCGGUCUGUGAUCCGAUGGGAGAGGAAAAAGUCUCCGUUUGAAUUAGGAUCCUUCUUAUGCUUUACAUUUUCAGCCUUUUAGAAACAUUUUUAGCAUAAGUUUUACCUCCGUUUUAGCAUUAAAUGGUCCUAAUGGGAUCGUAAAAGGGCAUUUCAGCGGAUGAAAACCUACAGAAAGUAAUUCAUUUAUGUUCCGAGAGGCUAAAAAUUAAAAACGUCUGCUGUUAGGGGGGAAAAUUUGAGUUUUAUUUAACCAACAGAGCAAAUCGAAGCAGACGGACAGCCAAAGAAUCUGAUCUGACACUUGUAGACUGAGAUUCCCAGAGGCUCACAGACCAGAAGACUCUUUCUGAACCAGUUUGCCAACAAUUUCAUGAUGUCACACGCAAUUACCACAAAUUCGCCUAUUGUUCUCUCUCUACCUGAUCUACGUUCGCAGAUCUCGACGUACAGUUCCAGUCAGAAGUCACUUAUCCUUAUCAUGGAUGCCUGAUAAAAUAUCUCUGUUAUGAUAUAUUUAACUAGAGACUAGUGAGGGUGUGUGUAUGUAAAUAUUUGAGUCUUAUUAGAGAAAAUCCACAACAAAUCCAAAGUUGUGGACCUAAUUUCUGUUUUAUGUUGUUCCAUUUUUUUCUAUUAUGGAAACAAAUUGGAAAAAAAAGAAAAGAAAUUAAAUGAUAAUAAAAUCAUUAAAUGCUCAAAAUUAUGCUAAUAUCAUUCUAAUGUCAUGUUCAUGGGUGGAGGUAAAUUUCUGACCAGAACUGUACAAUCUUGACUCUGAAAAACAUCUUUCACACAUGUAGCCCAAUAAGUAAAAAGAAGAUGUUUUUUUUCCACAACAAUCAUAAAUCACCAACCAAACAUGUUGUCAUCUUGUCUACUUAGCAGGCUCCAUACAUAACUGUACCAGUACUGAACAACGGCGCAUUUAAAGCAGCGUCGCAUUCGAUUCACAGGUUUAGAAAAUCCCUUUGAUACUAUUUUUUCACAUUACCGUAUUAGUAAUGGAUUUGUCAUUCUUUGUUUUUGUAUAACUCGAAUAUUUAAACAGUAUAGCAAAGCAAAAUAACGCAGAAUAUAAAGAAAAGAAAAUGACGGCACAGUCGGUGUGAUAUAUUUAUGUCUUAGAAUGCAAGAUUGUUACGUGCCGGUUAUCUCCGCUUCAUAUACUCUCAGAUGAAGUUUCUUGUUUUUCUAUUUUUUUAUUAUUUAAACAUUAGUGUCGAUACAGAAAGUUGCCAAAACACCUGAAACCCCUGACGCUUAUGUAAAUGCAUUUAUUAUUUAAUAUUGCUUUUGUAUGCCACUUUUGGUGGUACGGUAUGCGUCCUUUUCUAAAUGAUUAACCUUUGUAGGUGAACGCUGCUGUGAGAUGCUGCAGGUGAACCGUGUCCAGUGACAUUCAGACGGAGGCGUUUUGCUUUGAAAAUCACAGCGAGUAAGAGUUUUUAGGAGAGUCCGCUGAGGCUCUGCUGGUGCUACACUUUAUCUACGUAUUUAACUGUUUGCUUUUGUGUUUGUGAGAUCUCCAGAGGAUCUUCUGACUGUGCUGUACUGUAUGUGAGCAUUAAAACUCAACCAAGAGUCCCAAA